UAGUUAUACAUAUAUAUAGGAAAGUCGAAUAAUUGUGGACGUAUAAUUCAGUUUAUGGAAUUCCUCGUAACCUUUUCAGUUGACACAUGACUUGGAAGGAUGAUUACUCUUGCAAUUGAAACAAAUUGGAAAAAUCAUUAUCUUUUCUGAAUACUUCUUAUAUAAAAACCUGGGAUGUUCUGUGACAUCGUUCACAUCGACUGCAUGCUGCCAGGAUGAAGUUUGUGAUGUGUGUUGCUACUGUUCUCCUCUCAUCUGUGUCCGGUCUUGAGUGGCCUACGAGGAGAGAGAUUGUACCAGCUACAUCUAGUGCAUGUCAGAACGUUUAUGCACAAAUAUUUGGGAUCAUGGUAAGACCAAGGUUUAGCAAUCUUAUCGAAGAUGGCAGACUGAGCCUUGAUUGCAGCCAGCAGACAUUGACAAUGGCAGAUGAAUGCCAACGAUCAGGGUAUUUGAGAAGAUCACAUUUCAGAGUUGAACAUCUGAACAUUGCCCUCAAUACCUUCUGUAGCCACAAACCAGAAAUCGAGGGAGAGGCGUCAUGUUGGACCAGUGAAGAAUUGCCAGAGACUGUUGUUUCAUGUUCACAACAAGACAGGCGUGCUUUUGCUGAGUGUGUUUACCAAAAUGUGAGCAAUCUCAGAAAGUGUACCAACACCACUGGCGCCAUCUUCCGGCAACUGGUUUUGGAUAUUUUUCCUUAGAUGUAUCCAUGCAAACACACCUUCCGAUAAAAGUGGAGCAAAACAUCAUGUUAUGUUUGAAUCUUAAUAAAUGAGUCUGAAUUUC